AUGGAGAAGCUCCGCCUGCUCUUCCAACACUUCCAGUCCAGCUCGGAGUCGGUGAUGAACGGCGUCUGCCUGCUGUUGGCCGCCGGCACAGUCAAGCUCUACUCCUCCUUCGACUUCCACUGCCCCUGCCUGGCACGCUACAACGCUGCCUACGGGCUAGGCCUGCUGCUGGCGCCACCUCUCGCUCUUUUUCUCUGCGGCCUUCUGGCCAACCGGCAGUCAGUGCUCAUGGUGGAAGAGUGGCGCCGGCCAAAGGGGCGUCGCCACAAGGACCCGGGCAUGAUCAGGUACAUGUGUUCCUCCGUGCUUCAGAGAGCGCUGGCGGCACCCCUUGUCUGGAUCCUGCUGGCCCUGCUUGAUGGCAAGUGCUUCGUGUGCGCCUUCAGCAGCUCUGUGGACCCUGAGAAGUUUCUGGACUUCGCCAACAUGACCUCCAGUCAGGUGCAGCUCUUCCUGGCGAAGGUGCCCUGCAAGGAGGAUGAGUUGGUCAGAGACAGCCCAGCCCGAAAGGCUGUGUCCCGGUACCUGCGAUGCCUGUCACAGGCCAUCGGCUGGAGCAUCACCCUGCUACUCAUCAUCCUGGCCUUCCUGCUGCGCUGCCUGAGGCCCUGCUUCGACCAGACGGCCUUUCUGCAGCGCAGAUACUGGAGCAACUACGUGGACCUGGAGCAGAAGCUCUUCGAUGAGACGUGCUGCGAGCACGCACGGGACUUGGCUCACCGCUGCGUGCUGCAUUUCUUCCACAGCAUGCAGAGCGAGAUGCGGGCGCGGGGCCUGCGCCGGCCGGCAGGGGACGCACAACACCAGCCCCUGGACCUGCCUGAGCCCCCAGACAGCAAGCCCCAUCUUCGCGCUGUCUCCAGCCCUGACCAAGUGGACCACCUCCUGAGCACCUGGUACUCCAGCAAACCGCCCCUCGGGCUUGUGGGCGACCCAGGAAAGUGGCGGGGAGGUCUCAGUCACUGA